UCACUUGCUGCUACCUAACUUGCUAGCUGCAGCUACACCACACCACAAACCAUGGCGGAGUUUGCUCUUGGUCUGACCAAGACGGCGGUGCAGGGCACGCUGAACAGCGUGAAGUCGGCCAUCGAGGAAGAGGGGAAGCUGAGGGUGCGUGUGCAGGAUGACCUGGUGUUCAUCUCCGGUGAGUUCCGGAUGAUGCAGUCUUUUCUGAAAGCCUCCAAUGCGGGGGGGCGUGCAUCCCAGAGCGAGGUGAUGCAGGCAUGGGUGAAGCAGCUCCGUGACCUGGCCUUCGAGGUGGAGGACUGCGUCGAGUUUGUGGUCCACCUCGACCAGCCAUCGCCCUGGGAUUUUGUGCGGCGCCUGACCUCGCCUCUCAUGUGCAUGGGAAGGCGGCCGCUGCCGCUGGAUGUGGCGGUGGCGGAUAUAAAGCAGCUCAAGGUGAGGGUGGAGGACCUAAGCCAGAGGAACACACGCUACAACCUCUUCAGUACCAGUGGCGGCGAUGGCGGUGGCAACGACUCCUCAGAUCAGCAGCAGCUAAUGCAUGUUGCGGGUACUAUUACUAGUAGUACACCGGCGACAAUGGAGGUAUUCCCCUUCCUAAGGAAGGUUUGGGAGUCCACGGGAAAGCUGAUCCACACCAACGGUGAGCUCAAAAGGUUGAUUGACUGUGAAGGCAGGGAGCUCAAAGUGAUCUCGCUAUGGCGAAGUCAGCAGGCUGAUGUUGUUGGUGAACUUGGGUGGGUGACUAUUGCGAAGAAGGCUUUUGAUGACCCAGAAAUCUGCCAAGAAUUCAAGAAUCGCACCUGGGUAAAGCUGAGUACUCAUCAUCCUUUUAACCCGGUAGAGUUUCUCAACAAUUUACUGAGUCAUUUCACUACAUCUCGUCACCACCGGCAUGACAAUAUAUCCGAGCUUAUGCUGCAAGUCAGCCGACACAGGUAUCUCAUUGUCCUAGAGACAGAGUUAUCUAGUGUUGCAGAGUGGGAUGCCAUCAAAAGGUGCCUUCUGGACGACAAAAAUGGCAGUCGAAUUGUCAUCUCCACCAAGCAUUUGGGAAUUGCCCUUGUCUGCACGGGGGACCCGUACCAAGUAUCAGAGCUUAAACGCUUCUCUUAUGAUCGAUCACUUUGUGCCAUUUUACCGAAGGGUUAUGGGCAUCGCAUCGGCAUGGGUGAAUUAUUUUGGCAAUUAAGACGACGACAGUUUGGUGUUAUCUCCUUGUUGGGGCGGACCUAUCGAGAGAUACCAUCAUUAAUAGUUGAACUGUACUCCUACCGUGUCCGCAGGUAUAGGGUAUUCGACGGAGUGAAAUUUAAAUACUAUUGCCGCUUUGAUGUUAGUACUAAAGAUGGGCCGUUGAAACCGGUUGACUUGGCUCUGUCCAUACUUGUGCAAUCAUGUUCCGAAGAUGAUCAAGAAGAGGAAUGUAAAAAGAUCAGGGAGACGGAAAUUUCUGAAGAUGUUAUCAUUGGAAAAGCUCGUAAUUUUCUGACUGAGCACGAUUGCCUCCUCUUAAUCACGAACCUGGAGUCUAGUACAGAUUGGAACUUGAUUAAGCAUCAUUUCUUAUGUGAGUCUACUAGAGGCUACAUCAUUGUUAUUACAAGUAAACAAAGUGUAGCCACACACUGUGUAGAUCACAAAAAACAUCUGGUGCUCGACAUGGAAGAACUGAUGAAGGGUUGUGGGCAUCGAAUCGGCAUGAGUGAGUUAUUUUGGAAUCUAAAACAACAUGAUGGUGUUGUAUCCUUGUUCUGUCAAACUGAUCAGGAGAGAUCACAGUUAAUGGAUACACUAUACUCCUGCAAGUAUAGGGUAUUCGACGGAGUGAAAUAUGGGUUGUUCAAGCUGGUUGACUUGGCUCUAUUCAUACUUGCGCAAUCACACCCAGAAGAUAAACAAGAAACUGAAUGUCAAAAGCUUAUUAGGGAGGUGAAGAAUGACAACGAAAUAAUUAAAUUGGGUCAUCAGUUUCUGAUUGAACACAAUUGCCUUCUUUUUAUCACAAACCUGGACUCCACCACGGAUUGGGACUUGAUUAAACAAGAACUCUUAUGUGAUGAUACUAUAGGUUACAUUGUUGUUAUUACAAGUGACCGAAGUUUUGCCACACAUUGUGUCGAUCAAAAACAUGAUUGUGUGAUCGAUGUAGAAGACCUAAUGAAGGGUUGUGGGCAUCGUGUCAUCAUGAAUGAAUUAUUUUGGCAAUCUCCUUGUCCAGGAAAACAAGGUGUUAUCUCCUUGUUCUGGCAGAUCGAUGAAGAGAGAUCACAAUUAAGGGAUGAAUUGAACUCCUAUCAGACCCGCAAGUAUAGGAUAUUUGACGGGAAGAAAUUUGAACAUUGUUUCAACUUCAUUGAUAUUGAAGAUGGGCAGUUCAAAUUGGUUGACCUGGCUCGGUUCGUACUUGCGCAAGUGGACCCAAAAAGAGGUGAAGAGUCUAGUGGGGAGAAUAGUGAACUGUUUAUAAUUGAAGAGAGUCGUAAGUAUCUGACUGAACACAAUUGCCUCCUCUUUAUCACAAACCUGAAGACCACAGAUUGGGACUUGAUUAAGCAACACCUCUUAUGCAAGUCUACUAGAUGUUACAUUGUUGUUAUUACAAAAGACCGAAGUGUGGCCGAAUAUUGUGUAGAUGGCAAACAAGAUCAGGUGCUCGAUGUUGGAGUUCUAAAGAAGGGUUGUGGGCAUCGCAUCGGCAUGAGUGAAUUAUGUUGGCAACUAAGAGGACAUCAUGGUGUUUUAUCCUUGUUUGGGCGGACUGAUGAAAAGAUAUCACAAUUAUUGGACAAAUUGGAAUCUUAUCGCGUCCGCAAGUAUAGGAUAUUUGACGGAUUCAAAUUUGAUCAGUGUUACCGAUAUGAUGUUCCUAGAGACGGGCAGUGGAAAGUGGUUGACUUGGCUCUGUUCAUAGUUGUAAAAUCAUGGACAAUAGAUGAACAAGAAACUGAAUAUAAAAGGCUCAUGGCGAUGGAUAAUAGUGACCGCGAUAUUGCAAUAAUUGAAAUGAGUCGUAAGUUUCUGACUAAACAGAAAUGGCUCCUCUUUAUCACAAACCUGAAGUCCACCACCGAGUGGAAUUCUAUUAAAGAACACCUCUUAAGCGAAGAUACUAAAGGUUACAUUGUUGUUGUUACAAGUGACCAAAGUGUGGCCACACAUUGUGUAGAUCACAAACAAGAUCAGGUGCUCAAUAUUGAAGAUCUGAUGAAGGACCCGAGCGGACUUGCAGAUGGUGGAGGCAACACACAGGAAGAAGGUGAAUCUGAACCUUAUGCCAUUGCUCGGGAUGAAGAUAGAGAGAGGGUCUUUUAUGACCUCCAUGCUGGUAAGAAGUUGUCUGUGUGGGGAAUUGCCGGUCUUGGGAAAUCAACUCUUGUCAAACACCAUUACAACAAGAUAAAGUCUAUGCAAGUGUAUGUCAUGUAUGGCUGGGUGGAGGUGCCCCAGCCGUUCAAUUUGACGGGCUUGUGUCAGAGAUUGCUUCUGGAUCUUUUAUCAGAUAAUGUUGAUGCAAAGGAAGCUGUAGCAGUUGGUAUGUUUGGAGGCCAAGACCCUAUUCAAGAGUGUAUCAAAAUUCUACUAGAACACAAAUGCCUCCUUGUUUUCGAUGGUCUACAGUCCACGGAUGACUGGGACUUGAUAAAUAAAACCUUGCUAUCCCAGCCUAUCAGUGGGGGAACUAUCAUCAUUACACGUCAAGAAAGAGUUGCCAGACACUGUUCCGAACACAAGGUUUACGACACCUAUGGUUUAGAACCUGAUGUAGCCCUUGAUCUGUUCACAAAGAUAAUUUUGAAUGGCAAGCCACUGUUCGACGAUGCACUGAAGGAUUCAGAAAUUAUGCUCUCCAAGUGUGGUGGGCUUCCAGAAGUAAUAAUUGCUAUUGGAAAACAAAUCCACUCAAAGGCACAACAUAAAGAUUCGUUGUUGCGGAUCUUGAAGGAAAUAAAUAAUGACUUCAGGGGAUAUUUACGGUUGCACCUUCCUAUGUUAAGGGGUCUAUUUUGUUGGAUGCAAUCCUACUUUGAUACUUGCUCGGAUGAUCACAAACCAUGUAUCUUCUAUAUGUCAAUCUUCCCUGCAGACCAACGCAUUAGAUGGACGCGGUUACUCAGGCGGUGGAUCGCCGAAGGUUACUCGCCUACGGAGAAGAAGGCAGCAGAUCUCGCAUUGGAGCUCAUGAAGUCGAGUAUAAUGUACUAUGGGGACGGAAAUGAGAUAUCAAUGAGGAGUAUGUUCAGGCUCAAUGGUUUCUUCCUUGAAUACAUCAAGUCACAACCAAUGGAACAUAACCGUGUGUUUGAACUAGACGGGAGUUGCAGCCCCAGCUCGCGGCUCACUGGACAACACCUCACCAUAAGAAGCAGCUGGGACAGAGAUCGGAUUGUAUUCAAGAGCCUGGACGUGUCACGGCUACGGUCUUUCACAGUGUUCGGGAAGUGGGACAAAUUCCUCAUCUGUAACAAGAUGAAGCUGCUCCGGGUGCUUGAUCUGGAGGGCACUAGUACACCAGAUAUUCCUUCUAGUGUAAGCAAUGAUGAUCUGGAGAAGAUCGCGGAGCUGUUUUCACGCCUCAAGGUCAUUUCCCUACGAGGAUGCAUUAAGGUCACUCGUCUCCCAGAUUCAAUUGGUGACAUGAAGCAACUGCAUACUCUGGAUGCCAAGAACACCUCUAUUGUCGAGCUGCCACCUGCUAUCAUCACCAAGCUACAAAAGCUGCAGUACAUUCGUGUUGGCGCCGGCGACCCAGAAGUUCCCUCAGCACCAGCCGCACCUGUGGCAAUAUCAUCUCCACCAACACCACCACAAGAAGAUGGUCAUGAUGGCACGAGCCUUCUCCUCCGAGCCAAAAUAGAUUUGUCAGGGGCAUCAACAGGAGCAUUGGAUAGGGCACAUAAAUCCUGCAGUAGACUGCGGCACUUCAAGGAGGAGGCCAUACGCAAGUAUGUUACUGCCAGUGGUGGCGGUGUUGGGCUUCUUCGUGCUGCUGCAAAGGGGAUUGGGGGGCUGACGGAAUUGCGUACACUUGGUGUCGUGAAUGUUGCAUAUGGGCGAGGCGACCACAGCUUUCUUGACGAGCUCAAGAAGCUUACCCAAUUGCGCAAGCUCGCGUUGUCCGGCAUCACCCGUGAAAACUGGAACAAGUUGUGUUGUGCCAUCUCGGGUCACCGCCAUCUCGUGAUCCUAUGGCUGAAACUGCUGCUGCUGAAGGAGGAAAAAGCCAGCUAUGACUUUGCCCGUUUCGAUUACAUCUCGGACCCUCCCAUGACCAUACAGCGCCUUAAGGUAACGUACACUGGUAAUGAAGGUGCUGGCAAAGGUUGUGCGUGGAUAACACCAACCUGGAUCAAGCAGCUCCGGCAGGAUAUAAGGUUUUACCAUUGGUUAACGGUAUCAAGUCAAGAGGACAUAGGAGUCCUAUAUGAAGAUGGAGGUGCAUUGCCAGGAAGUGAUCAUGUACAUCUUCGUAUCAAGCCAAUUGAGCAGCGCCUCAGUUUUGAUAAAGGGCUUUCAUUCAACGUCCUCAGCAUUCAUUGCAGUGGCUUCAGCUCAACGGUCACUUUUAGAGGUACGCUAGCCUCCGAAUUCAAAGUCAAAGAGCUCAACCUUCACUGCUGCAGCUCUUGUGGUGGGUUGAACUGUUUGCGGGUUUGUGGGCUAAAGAAUUUACAAAAUCUCGAGCACGUCUGGGUAACAGGUCCAUGUCGCGACGAGCACGAGCAAGACUUGCUCAAGCAACUUGAGGAGCACCCAAAAAACCCUGAGCUGAAGCGGCUAUAACUUGUGAUCAGUAGUUGAUCGUGUAUGCUUGUUUUUUACUUUUUCUUGUAAAAUUUACUUUUGUAACUUGUGAGCUGAUCAUUCAUGUAACCUUUUGUAAAUUCCAAGGUUUUAUUGAGUUCCGUGCCAAUAUUAUUAAGUAGUGUGGUAGUGGUAUGGUUGCAACGUUUUCAGGUAGCUACCAUACAAAUUGUUAGACCAA